AUGAGGUUAGGCGUGCUUCGGUUAACUCUUUUGGAUUUGGAAGCGACAAAGCUCCUGGUCUGGUCAGCAGCCGAUGAGAAGACUGCCUCACGGGUUGCUCACGAUUAUAAGGAUUUUCUUUCAGAACACACUGAAAGCAGAUCGCCAGAAUACCUGGAGAACCUUGCAUUCACCUUAUCGCGGCGUCGCUCUCAAUUUCCCUGGAGAUGUUUCUGUGUCAGCAAUUCUAGUCAGGGGCUCGGCAACCUAAGCGUUUCCCCGGCCGUGCAGGUCAACUCAAAGCUUCAGGUAUGCUUUGUUUUUACCGGACAGGGAGCUCAUUGGAUGGGCAUGGGGAAGGAGCUCCUCGACUACGACGUUUUCAGGCGCAGUCUAGAGGAGUCAGACACACUCCUCCGCAAUGUUGGGUGCCAAUUUUCAGUUAUUGAAACAUUGUACAGUGAUAAGGGCACCGAACUGGAUCAACCAGAGUUCUGCCAGCCGAUUUGCACACUACAGGUUGCCCUCGUCGAACUUCUAGCGGACUGGAAAGUCCAUCCAAUUGCUGUGGUUGGACAUUCGUCCGGAGAGGUUGCCGCUGCAUACUGUUCAGGGAUUAUCACUAAAAGCCACGCUCUUGAGCUAGCCUUCUUCCGAGGCUUAGCUGUCUCAGCAACAUCGCGAAUGGGUUCUCCAGAUGGCAGCAUGCUGGCGACACGGCUCUCAUCGGAUAAAUGCUCAGAGCUGCUUGCAAACCUUGCAAAUAGUCAGAACCCCGAAACAUGCAACAUUGUUGAAAUCCCCACCAUCGUACCGACAGCGGUCAAUCAUCUGUGGAUAUCGGCAGAUAUAACACGGCAAAUGGUUGCUGUGUCCGCAAAAUCUGUUCGGAGCAGUGCGCGACGCUAUGAUGUGGACUACAUCUCAGUUGGGGCUGAGAACGAGAGACCUCUUCUCAUAGGCGAUCUAACACUCACAUCCAUUGAAAAGACUGCUAACCCGGCUGUAAAUGAGACUAAGGAAAGCACCGUCUCCAUGUACCGUGUCGACUGGAAGCCCGAUGUCAAUCUUCUUGGCCCCCAAACUGGGUUGUUUGCCACCCAGCCAUUGCAGCUAUCCCAAAGUGAGUCCGAAAGGAUCAGGCUCACUGAAUAUUCCUGCUUUCUUGCCAUGUCUGAAGUUUUGUGCGCAGUCGAUGGUGGCGUGUCAGUUCAUUCCCAGAGCCCUAAACAUCUACAGAAGUACUUGGCUUGGAUGCGACAUCAGGCCGGGCUUAUAAGAGCGUCCGUUGAUUGGAAAAAUUGGAUCUCUACACAACCAGCAGGUAGUGGGUUCCAGGAACAGCUGUGGCAGAGAGUAUCGUCAUUCGGACCCGAAGGCAGGCUUAUUGUCAAGUUGUGUCGGCAAAUACUGCCCAUUAUCCAGGGUGAGGUUGAUGCGCUGCAGAUUCUCUUUGCCGACGAAACGUUGGCAGACUACUAUCGUCAGGAAAACUCUCCUCCUGACGUCGUGAAAGGAGUCCAGCAGUAUGUUGACUGCAUGGCGCAUGCCAAUCCUAACAUGCGGGUUCUGGAAAUUGGGGCAGGUACAGGUGGUAUGACACAGUAUAUCCUGGAUAUUAUUGGCGGCCAUGAUGGCAGUGCUGCGGAGCGUUUUGCACAGUAUGUGUUCACAGACAUCUCUCCCGCCUUCUUCAAGGACGCCAGAGAGAAAUUUGGCAGAGGGCAAAGGAUCAUGAUGAAGACCCUCGAUAUUGAGAAGAUGCCUGUAGAUCAAGGCUUUGAGAAAGAGGCCUUUGAUCUCGUCAUUGCCAGCAAUCGACAUGAUGCCAACAUCCAGUCCUUAGCCACCUCAAUAUGCGACUUUAUUAAAGAAUUGGACCUGUCUGUCAGCAUCCAUGAGCCUUCUGAAUUACACGAGGUUCCUAGUGGAGCUACCGUGGUCUUGUUGCAGACCAUUGACGAUUUCGUCUUCCACGAGCUUGACGAGAAAGGGUACCAGAAUUUAAAGACUACUGUGGCAAUGGCCAAUAAGCUGCUUUGGGUGACACGGAGACACAAUAGCCCAAAGCCAGAUUUGUUGGAGCAAGACGCUGUGCUUGGCCUUGCACGCUCCCUUAUGUCAGAGAUCGAGGACCUCAAUAUUGUGACCCUAGGACUGGAAGAUAUCGAAACUACUUCCCGCGCAGCACAGCAUAUCCGGGCAGUAUUGCAACACUAUUUCUGUUCUGAUACCUCCUUAUUGAGCGUAAAUGGCGAGGAGAUCUUUGAGAUUGAUGGCCGCCUGUGUUUGAGUCGUGUCUUGCCGGCAGAAACAAUAGCCAAGGAGAUCUGGAGCAUGCAGCAAUCCAAGGCCCAUAUGGAUAACGAUGUGCGCAGUCUUGCGAACAAUGAGAUCGAAAUCCAGAUACGCGCAGCUACGAUUACACCAAACAUUACCACUGGCCAACCUUCUUUGGGCCAGGAGAUAAAUGGCACCAUCACCCAGAUCGGGUCAGACGUGCAAGGCACCUUUCAGGUCGGCGAUCCCGUUGCUGCUAUCGUACCGCAUUCUGGCACGACAUCAAUCAAAGAUCGGAUUCAGUGCCCGGUUGAUCUCGCUCAUAAGACACCCGACGAAUCAUACAAAAGGGGAGAGAUCGUUCUGCCACUUGAUUUUCUGAUAGCAUACGACUCGCUGCACAAUUGCGCGCGGCUACAGGCAGGGGAUUCGAUUAUCAUCCAUGACGGGGCCAGUUCACUCAGUCAGGCCGCAAUUCAACUCGCUCAGUUCCUGGGUGCAGAGGUUUUUGUGGCUUUCAAUACUAAGGACGAGGAAGCUAUAGCGGAUAUGUACUCCAUUCCCGCUUCGCACAGAUUUCCACAACAAGGACAUAUGCUGACUACAGGAAUCAAACGCCUAACCCACGGUCGAGGCGCGGAUGUCAUGUUCACUCCAUUGAUUGCGAAGGAAUCAGAUCAAACAGUGUGGAACUGCUUGAAAGAAUAUGCCCGAGUUAUUGAGGUGGUCGACAAGAAUGCACGUACUUCCUCCGGAGCUAUGCCUCCUCGGCCUCGACUGUUGAAACAAAGCUUCAUGUUCGCCCGGCUGGAUAUUGCGACGCUUCUUCAGGACACACAUAAGAUUGCAACUAUCUUGCCUGAGGUCAUGCGUCUGAUAGAGCAUAAUUCAGUGGUUCCUGUGCAGCCUGUCAGAAUAUUCACCCCCUCUGAGCUUGAAAAUUCCAGUGGUGUGAAGGCUGUCGAGCAAUCUCGUCGGCAAGGUACAGAAAGCCCUGGAGCAGAUACCUUCCUUAACAAAUGCGCGACCAUGAGCGUGACAACUUUCGCGCCCAAGUGCGAUAUAAGUGAUGAAAGGGCAGUCGGUGCAGUUAUUCAGGAAGUACAGCGGCGGAUGCCUCCCAUCAAAGGAUGCAUUCAGGCAUCUAUGGUUCUCAAGUCUGCCAUGUUCGCGAAUAUGACCCUCGAUCAGUGGAACGAAGCACUACGCUCAAAGGUCCAGGGCUCGUAUAAUCUCGAUCGUCACCUGCCAAACCAGCUUGACUUUUUCAUCUUCCUAUCGUCCGUGUGUGGUAUAAUCGGCGCCAGCGGCCAAUCUAACUACGCCUUUGGCUGCGCCUACCAAGAUGCACUGGCCCGAUCUAAAGUCGCGAUGAGACAGAAGGCUGUUUCAAUUGACCUCGGGAUUGUCGAAGGGGUUGGAUACACGGCCGAGAAUCAGGGCGUGGGCUCCUUCAUGCGCUCACUGGGUUUACAGCCCAUCCCUGAAGAAUAUCUCCUUUCCAUAUUAGAAUAUUACUGCGACUUCAGGCGUGAAAUCCUUCAUCCCAGCGACGCCCAAAUAGUCGUUGGCAUCAUGAGCCAAGACGAGAUGCAGCGAAGUGGACUUGUUCGCUCGCGAUUUUACUCGCGGCCAUUGUGGAAUCAAUUGCAGCGACGCAUGAACCCAACGCUUGGCGGGAGCAAGGUUGUUGCUGCUCAACGGCCGAAUAAGAAGGGCCCCUCAUCGCUGAAACUCCCGAUGGCUGCGAGCGAUGAUACGCUUUCGUCUACUGUGGCAGAUGGCGGUCCAGAUGCGGUUAGUCGGGCCAUCUGCGAAAGGGUCUCGGAUGUGCUUGCUAUCAACGCUGAUGAAAUUGACCCAGCGAAGCCGUUGCAUAUGUAUGGAGUGGACUCAUUGGUUGCGAUGGAAUUGCGGAAUUGGUUUAAAGAAGCACUGCAGAAGGAUGUGGCUGUGUUUGAUAUCUUGAGUAAUCGGCCGAUAGGAGUGUUGGCUCAGGAGGUCGUGGGUGUGGCUGCGGCUGCAUGA